AUGGCCAACGAACAAAACAAAACUACAAAAACUAAUAUUCAAACUCGUCAUCCAUUAGAACCUUUAUCACUUUCGGAAAUCGAACUUACUGUCAAUGUUUUAAAAAAACAAUCUGAUAAAGUCACACCAACAACACGUUUUGUAUCUAUUACUUUACAUGAAGCACCAAAAGAAAAAAUACUUAAUAAAUCUAAUGAAAAAAUUUCACGUGAAGCUGAUGUUAUUCUAUUUGAUAAUGGUACAAAUUCAUGUUAUGAAGCACAUGUUUCACUUGAAAAUGAAGGUCAUCUUAUUUCAUUUGAACAUAUACCUAAUGUUCAACCAACAAUGACAGUUGAUGAACAAGUUGAAUGUGAACAAGCUGUACUUCGAUCAGUUGAAUUUCAAGAAUUAAUACGUAAACAUUAUGGUAUUGAUGAUGUUAAUCGAGUUAUGGUUGAUAUAUGGUCAAGUGGAUAUUUUGGACAAGAAGAAGAACGAACACGUCGUUUAGCGAGACCUUUAUGUUUUGUACGAUCAGAUCCAACUGAUAAUGGAUAUACACAUCCUAUUGAAGGUUUAAGACCUGUUGUUGAUCUUAAUUUAAUGGAAGUUAUUCGUAUUGAAAUAUAUAAUCAUUAUCCAAUUCCUUAUCUGAAUUUUAAUUAUACAGCAGAUCGAGUAGGAAAAGUUCGUGAUGAUAUUCGACCAUUAGAUAUUAUUCAACCUGAAGGUCCAAGUUUUCAAAUUAAUGGUAAUCAAGUAUCAUGGCAAAAAUGGUCAUUUGUUGUUGGUUUUACAAUGCGUGAAGGUUUAGUUCUUCAUCAUUUAACUUAUGAUAAUCGAUCAGUUUUAUAUCGAGCUGGAUUAAGUGAAAUGGUUGUACCUUAUGGUGAUCCAGCUGAACAACAAGCACGAAAAAAUGCAUUUGAUUGUGGUGAAUAUGGUGUAGGUUGUUGUACAAAUAGUCUUGAACUUGGUUGUGAUUGUCUUGGGUAUAUAAAAUACUUCGAUGCAAAUAUGUGUACAAGUCGAGGAGAAUUAUUAGUUAUUAAAAAUGCUAUUUGUCUUCAUGAAGAAGAUGUUGGAAUUCUAUGGAAACAUACAGAUCGACGAUUAAAUAAUCCUGAAGUACGACGAAGUAGACGAUUGGUUAUUUCAAGUAUUGCAACUAUUGAAAACUAUGAAUAUGGUUUCUUUUGGUAA